AUGACGAACACUCAGACCUGGGAGGACAUCAGCAUGGCCAAAGUGGCGGCGCGGGAGGCCAAGAUCCCCUCGGCGUGGCGCAUCUCCCCGCCCAAGGGGCUGAACGUGAUGGACCUGCCGCGCACCAGUGGCCUCCUGAGCGCGCGCGAGCUCGAGAUCACGGAGAAGCCCGCCGUGGACCUGGUAGCGGCGAUGAUCGCGCGCACCUACACGGCGGAGGAGGUAGUCAUCGCGUUUGCGAAGCGCGCGUCCAUUGCACACCAAGCGACCAACUGCCUGACGGAGAUCUUCUUUGAGGAGGGCAUCGCGCAGGCCAAGGCCAUUGACGAGGAGUACAAGCGCACCGGCAAGCCGAAGGGGCUCAUGCACGGCCUGCCCGUGUCGCUGAAGGACAACAUCGGUGUGGCGGGUUACGACGCGACGGUGGGCUUCAUCAGUCACUGCAAUGCGCCGAUGAGCGAGGACGCGCUCCUCGUGCAGGCGCUGCGUGAUGCCGGCGCCGUGUUUUUCUGCAAGACCAAUGUGCCGACCGGUAUGCUGAUGGGCGACACGUACAACAACGUGUGGGGCCACACCGGCAACCCGUACAAUACGGAGUACGGGUCGGGUGGCAGCAGUGGCGGCGAGAGUGCGCUCCUCGCCAUGCGCGGGGCGCCGCUCGGCGUCGGUAGCGACAUCGGCGGCUCGAUCCGCAUGCCCGCCGCCAUCACGGGCAUCUACGGCCUCAAGGCUGCGGCUGGCCGCUUCCCGAAUCUCGGGUGCAAGACGGGCUUGCCGGGCCAAGAGGCUGUGCGCGGCGUACAAGGCCCACUGUCGCCGGACCUCUCGUCUCUCGAGCUCUUCUCCAAGGUCGUCGUCGGCGCGCGACCAUGGGAGACCGACCCGACAUGCUACCCCGUCGAAUGGCGCGACCUCCAGCUCCCCCAGAAGCUGUGUUUCGGUCUUAUGAUGGACGACGGCGUUGUACGCCCCACGCCGCCUGUGAAGCGCGCAAUGCUUGAGCUCAAGGCCGCGCUUGAGGCCGCAGGCCACUCCGUCGUCGAGUGGACGCCGUACAACCCCGCCGAGGGCCAGCAGCUCCUCCUCCGCUGCUUGACCGGUGACGGCGGUGCCAAGAUGUAUGAGCAGGUGCGCGGGGGCGUGGCGCCCGAGCCAUGGGGCAAAGACCUCGCGAUGUUCGAGCAGCGCUACGAGGCGGCCAAGAAUGCGCCACCGACCGUCGGGCAGCUUUGGGAAAUCCAGGUCGCGCGCAAUGCAUACCUCCGCAAACUGCUCGAGAGCUGGGCUGCUACCAAAGAGAUCACCGGCACGGGGCGGCCCAUCGACGGCUUGAUCUCGCCCAACAUCGCGUUCCCCGCCGCCCCCAAGUUCCGCUUCCGCCACUUCGGGUACACGGGUCUGUGGAAUCUCGCCGACCACGUGGGCGUCACGAUCCCCGUUACGUAUGCGACGAAGAAUGAUGUGGUGACGGAGGAGAUCGAGCCGCGGUGCGAGGACGAGAAGGCCGUGUACCGCACCUACAACGCCGAGGAGCUCGACGGCAUGCCUGUCGGCUUGCAGAUUAUUACGCCGCGCCACACGGAGGAGCGCGCGCUCGCGCUCGCGGCGGUCGCGGAUGCAGCGCUCAAGAAGCGCAAGGCGGCGCUCUAG